GGACAAAAAAAAAGCCCGUGUGAGUUGAACGGAGUUACAAUGCGCUUUGGUGACACACGAUUGUUGUCCUAGCGCCGGAGGAGCAACGAUGGCAUUUAGUUAAAUGUCUGAACAUUCCCGUCUCGACGUGAAUGUUGUAAACUGGGGUUUGAUGCGUCGCGAAGGACAAAGUUGGCGCAUGGAGAGCGACCAACUUUCGUUUUUGACGCAGUGUCUUUUUUUGUGAACCACCGUCGUGUCUUUUUGUUUUUUUUACUUCUUCUUGGGGACUGACGGCAAACUUAAGAGUGCUGACCACACCUCGGCGUCCUUCCCGUAAAGUUACGUAGCACACCGGACAACUUUGGCUGAUAUGGUGGACAACAAACCCAUUCUUCGUGACAGACCUCCUGCUUACAACGCCGUCCCCGGGGCUUACGAGUAUGGCCCCCCGGCGCCGCAGCCGCCGCCACCGCCGCACGGCUAUGGGGCCAUACCGGCCGCAGCACCGCCGCCCUACCAGUACCCACCAGGCGGCCAAGGCUACCCACCAGGCCAAUUGGGAGCGCCCGUGUCCCAUCAGCCCUACGCUGGAACCUACACGGUCAUUCAACCGUCCGUUGUGGUCGUAGGGGGCUGCCCGGCCUGCAGAGUUGGCGUUCUGGAGGACGACUUCACCUGCCUGGGAAUCCUGUGUGCGAUUUUCUUCUUCCCGCUGGGCAUCCUCUUCUGCUUCGCCCUGCGGCAGAGGCGAUGUCCCAACUGCGGCGCCACCUUUGGAUAGACCACACAAACAAGUGUCAAACACACAUACACCAUACGCAAAAAGUUUGGGAGAUCGGGCUUUGGGGUGAAAUUUCAGGAGGAAACUAAAAAUGCAUUGUAACCUUUUCAGGUGAAUUGAAUUUGACCUUCGGGCAACUUGAAUACACGCGUGCAACUGAAGUGGCGGUUUCUGGCAUGUGCGGCCAAUUUGUUUUAGUACUUUGUGCACACCUUGCUCUUCUCUAACAAGGAUCUGAACGGCUAACUCCAGUGUUUAAUCCAUGAACGUUUCCACUUGUGCGCCUUUCUGUGACUCUUACAGUCUCUCUAUUACAACCUGCUGAUGACACCGGUGACACUCUGAGCUUAGUCGCUGUUUCCACUCUGAGUGUGUCAUUUUUGAAGUCCCGAUGAUUCAUUGUUGCUUAUUUAGUGACUUACUCCCACUUCUGGUCCCAUGUUUGGCAACAUGAGACCAGAAGGUGUAGGGAAUUGAAUUUUGCAACCAUGUUGCAAGGUCAGAAACACAAAAUGUAUCCUGUAUAUAAUCGAGGUGAGUUGUUCUUCACAAUAAAUAAGACAAGGCUAAGGAGGAUUAAAAAAAUAGAUUUCUGCCCAUUUUCUGUUCACGCGAAACGAAAACAGGUCCCACAGAAGCGAACACCCUACAGGGUUUAAAUACAAUAUCUAAGUGAACCAGGAAAUUUAUUGAUCCAUUCAUGGAUUCUUUUGCCGCCCAGCUCCUUGUGAAAAGACAGCAAGCUGUGCAAAAAAAUACUGAAACAAACACUUGGAAGUGUGUUCAGAAGUUUAGAGAAGGUCAAAUUCAAGUCUCAGUAGCUGCAAUAUGCCCUGCCAGGUUGUUGCGUGGCUUUUACACACUGUGGCUCAAAGGCCGUGUCUAAAUGGUGCCUGUCAAGUCCGACUCCCCCCGACCCCACCUUUUUUUUUCCCUUCCCCAUGCUUCCAACUUGCAUACACUUGUGACUGACGACGAGGUGCUCUAAAGUGGCUACACCAGCACAGAGUUUUUGUCCACCCUCUGGCUGUCAAGUCAGGCUUAUUUAUUUAUUUUUUUUGUUCAUUUCCCAUUAUUUUCCCCUCACCGUCCUUCCACCUUUCUCAUUGUGAUGCACGCACAGUUGCGACGACAGUGAGGCGCUCUAAAGUGGCCAUGCCAGGGCCUAGCCUCUGCACAUUCACAUUUUAGAUCCAUCCUGAAAUUUGACCCUAAAGCCCAAUUUCUUGACCCUUUUCUGAGGAAUAUAUACAACAACAAUCCAGUAUUUUUAUGCCUUUUUUGUUUUCUUAUCACAAACUGCUGCCGCUGACAUGAAAGAUGCUAAAUUGUAGACUCUGAUGAUUAUAUUUUAGAGACUAUUUUCUUCAUCAAUCACGAAGUGAUACUUUUUUUUUUUUUUUGACUUCACAUUGAGGCUCAAUGCUGCUGAACAAUCCCAUAUUUUUGGAUGGACAACCAAGAAGUAAGGAUAUAAACAAAAUGGACAGCUGCCCGCAACGUAUUUUAUCAUUUAUUCAUCUCCCGGGGCCAUAUUUGCACUGAUCUUGUUGAUCGUUCUGUUGGCUUUUUUUUCCCUUUUCUUUUUUUUUCCCUAUUGCAUCUUCUCCAGGGCCAAAAAUGCCAACCUCAGGUACUUUCACCUCCAACACAGUUUGAAAAGUGGACUCCUUUCUUGUUGUGAGCCCAGAAAUUAUUGAAAAAUGAAACAGCUGGAUUAGAUUUAGUUGGCCCCUUCUUCUGCAAGACAAUCAAAACAUGUUGUGUCUUCCAUCCCAGCAAAGGUGUCCUCUUAUAUCGGUAUACGAAAGAAGUUUUUUGGCUAAGAACUUUUUUGGUUUUGGAAACAAGCACUGUGCACGCUUGCUCCUGUGAUUGAGCUUCUUACUUUUUUUUUUUUUUUUUUUUUACAUAUACUGUUAUACUGCACUAGUUUCUGAUAUUAAAUAUAUGCUACCCAA